CUGGCUAGUACCCCGCGCGCAGCGCCCUGCGGGGAUGUUGCGGUGAGAGGCGUGCAGGGACCUGGGUUGUCCAGUCCAGACUAGCCCUGCCAAAAAGGGGGCCUCGGAGUUGGGGGUAAUGUGCCCAGGAGCAGAAAUCCGGCGACCGUGGCGCUGCAAUCACAGCUUUCCCGUGGUUUCCUAAGUGGUGGCGGUGAUUUGUUUGCGGGAAGCGGGGCGUGACGGAAGACCUUAAUUAAAGGACUCCGCAGGCGAACAGAUCUCUCGGAGGAGGAGUCUAGGAGAGGCCUGGCUGGAAGCCCCGGCACCCGCCGGGCCCUGGGCCUCAGAUGAGUGAGGCGUCGUCGUGGCAACGCGGGCUCAGGUCCCCGCAAACUUCAUGCCAGGCCUCUCUCUCCCACUCCGGGAGUUCCCGGCCUCGCCUGCGUCUCCGUCCCACUCCUGUGAACACUGGAGGGGCGGAUGCGCGCACCCCACGGGCAAGGCUCUCUCUUAGUGUUCCCCAGCUCGUUGGCGCCCCCCACACCCACCCACCCCCACUGCCAAGUGUAGCUGUUUACCCGCCACCUCUCGAGGCCGACGCGCCCCUCGCCGCUCACCAGGUGGCCCUCCUCCAGCCGAGCCCCCGAGUCAGUCCUCAUGGUGCUCUCCCCGCGGGGCUGCCCCGGCGCAACCGCCGGCGGCCCAAGCCCAGCUCCCCGCGACGCAGCGGCCUCCGGGACCUGUGGGACGCCGGGGCUUCGUGGCGCCUAGCGAGGCAGCCGCCCCCUGAGCCAGGUCCCCGCCCGCCUCUAUCCUGCCAGGCCCUGCUGGGUUUGGGAGGAAUGCGUUUACUCUCCAGGACCAACGAGUCUGUGCAGGCCUGGUUAAGAAAGAAAUGGGAAAGAUGGAAGAAUGGUGUGGAUAUGGAGAAGAGAAUGAUGCAGAAGAUGAACAGAUACAGGGACAGGGAAAGCGCCUGGAAAUCUCAAAUCUGGGGAAAGAAAGAGAAACAGCACUUUGUAAUGGCAUCCUAAUCUUGUUACCAAACAAACGGGGCUUGUUGCCCUAUACGCACAGAAGCCAAUAUUACGGCGCUGAUUUUUUGAGAAAAGUUUUCAUUGUGAGUCAGCUAACAAGGAGACAGGAGUAUAGCUCUAAUCUGUCUCCCUGUGUUGGCUUUAAGACAGUAUUUUUAUUAGAAAACGUGUAGGGGGUGGAUUCUGGGAUUAGUAGGUGAUUGGUGGAAGGAAAGAAGCCAUCUGGAAAAUCCUCUGGCGUUCGCAGUUACCUCUUCAUGUCCCUUCAUGGGUCGCAUGUGCAAAUUUUGGAGGGAGUCAGUGUGAAACAUGGGGGAAGAUUCAAGCUGUGACGCCAGCAAGCUCAUUUUGUACAGACUCCAGGUAGCCAUCCGUGUUAGUACUAACCACUUUCAGCCAGUUUGCUUUGUUUUGUUUUGUUUUGUUUUUUAAUCUCACAAUGGAAGAAGUUUAGGCGUUUUAUUUAGCAAGUUGUUUUUUAUCUGCCGUCCUGCAUGCUCAAGAAUUUCUGUUAGUCCCUGGUUUCUUUAACUCUGAGACACGGUUUCACUCUUGUGAUUUUCUAUAUAUAGGUCUCUGGGAUUAAUCCAUUGCCUUUUUCUAAUUUAGGCCUGCAUGUAGAUAUUGGCUGUAAGGAAAAUUAGUGUUUGUCACACCUCUCAUGAGAAUAAUUUUUUCCUUGUAGGCCGAUUUGUAAAUAGUGAAGG